AUGAAAAACGAAUACGAUCUUAUGAAGCACGAACAGAAGAAGUUAGUUUUGAAAGAAAACACCAAAAGCGAUGUUAUAGAUAAUGCAGAAAAAUGGUUUCCGCCCGGGAUUGAACCGAGAUUAUCUGCUUUUAGAGCAGAUGUGCUACCAUUACACCACGGAAACUUAACAAUAUUGUCUGAAACUGCUGUACUAGUUCCAAAAUAUGACGUCACAAGACACGACUAUGCAUCGAUCAAAGUUGUAGAAGAACAACGUACACUAAUUUAUAAUGAAGCAAAUACAUACAUUGAAGGACGUUGUGUCACGCCACCAGAAGCAUGCUGGCGAUUAUUUGCUUUAGAAAUUCCAAAAAAAAGUUAUAGCGUCCAACGACUGGAUACCCACUUACCAGGUCAGAAACGGAUCGCAAACUUGAACCAAACCCAUGAAGAUUUAGCCGACAUUGGCCAAAGAGGGUCUACCCUGAAGGCUUAUUUUAAGCACAAUGCAGAAAUUACAAGACAUAAUCAGUCAAGAGAUAAUAUCUCAAGUCGAUAUCAUUUUUAUUGGCAGAUGCCUGACAAUUUUACAUGGAUCGGAAGAUCUAGCGAAUGGGGGUCAAGAGUUCGCCAUUUGCGAGUAAUUGGUAGGAUUCACAAUGUGAAUUUCGUUGCCCAACCAGAACUUUACCACUUGCGAUUAUUACUAUUUCAUGUAAAAGAUGCAACAAGUUUUGAAGACCUUCGAACCGUAACAGACAUCCAAUAUCAGACAUCUCCUGAAAAUCCAAACCGUUUGUGGGAAAAAUUUAAAGAAAAUUUGUCAGAAGAUUUUAUACGCGCGAUCCGGCAAAAUGGAAAGCCUAUAGAAAAUGCAAUUAAUCGUGGUUACAGAAUGAUUGCUAGAAAAUUAAACACUGAAACAACAGAAGGACGAAAUUUCCAAUACUGGUCACAAAAUUUUGGCUUUGAGGACAUCGAUAAUUACGAUCUUGAAGAUAAUCAAGAGAAUUUAAACACGGAUGAAUCAGCAGUAUUAGGAGAGCAACUGUACCAGUUACUAAAAGGAAGACAGAUAGAAGUGCCACGUGCGAAUAAAACUGAGUUAUUAGAUCUUUCUACCAAGCGAUACUUCUUAUGGUCCGUUUUCAAGACUUUUAAACUAGAAGAAAAUAUGCGCGGUGAUAUAGAGCAACGACAAUUUGGUGAUUAUUUACUAAAAUUAGGCAACGGCGAACUGACCCUAAAUACUAUGGAAGAAAUU